AUGGUGCUUAUUACGGUUGCCUUCUUGGGCCCAGCCGCAUCCUUUUCCCAUCAGGCUUCUGUUGAAUCCUUUGGGGCCUCAGUCAAAUUACUAGCUCUUCCAUCAUUUACGGAUGCAUUUGCUGCAGUGCAACAGGAAGAAGCUGACUAUGCUGUCGUUCCCUUCGAAAACUCAUCUAAUGGAUCGGUCGUCCAAACCCUCAAUCUUCUGGCGGACCCUAGCAAUCUCUACACCGAUGUGAAAGUGUGCGGUGAGCAUUAUCUGAAUGUACACCACUGCCUCUUAAGCCAGAGGGGCCUCCGCUCUCUUGGCGAGAGUAAAUACAACUCAAUAGAUAAAUUAUACACACACCCACAGGCAUGGGGACAAUGCGAGAAAUUUCUUGGAAGGCAUUUCAAAGGUGUUGAACGACAAGAUGUUUCGUCAACAUCAAAAGCGGCCGAGACAGUCGCAAAUGAAACUGCGGGACGAAGUGCCGCAAUCGCUAGCCGGUUUGCAGCCGUGUACCAUGGGCUUGAUAUCCUAGAGGAGAAUAUUGAGGACAACUCCAACAAUACAACACGGUUUCUGAUAUUGAGAAAUGUAAGAUCGGAACGCACAGCUCAAUUACACCUUGAGAAGAUAAUACCAGCGCCUGCAUCAUCUCCAACAGCCAAAAAAGCCCUUAUAUCUUUUAUGCUUCAUCAGGAUUCUCCAGGGGCAUUGGCGGACGCAUUGUUGGUCUUCAAGAACUAUGGCAUGAACCUCACUAGCAUCAACACCAGACCAAGUCAAAGGAAGGUUUGGCAAUAUGUCUUUCUGGUAGAAUGUCAAUUGGCCUCUGCCAAUGAUGACAGAGAGGGGGUUAAUGAGAUACUGGCUGCUUUGAACGAUACCACUGAAAAUAGCAGGCACUUAGGGACGUGGGUUAGUAUGUCUUCAUCAAGCAAUAAAUAA